GUUUUACCAUCAAGUGUGAAUUUACGAAAUCAUUAGAAAGUUUUAAAAAGCAAGAGUAAAUAUAGAUGGCGUAUUGUAUGCAGAUAAUUGUAAAUGACAUGGCACUCCCAGCUCCCAGUCUUCUCUACAAUAAAAUUACCAUCGAGUUACCAUACUAGUAACAUCUGUAAUUAACCCGCAUGUCAUUUUCGACGAGAGCUCCGUUAAUAUAAACAAAAUGGUUUGAAGCCGUUCGAGGCUUUGACAAGAAUACACCCAUUGUUAUUCUCCACUGCGUAUCGUGUAUCCAUCAUCAUGUGGAAGUGUCACAAAUGCGGAAAACCCGUUUAUUUUGCUGAACGUAAACAGUCUUUGGGAUAUGAUUGGCAUCCAGAAUGUUUACGAUGCGAGGAAUGUGGAAAGCGGUUGAAUCCUGGGCAACAUGCAGAACAUAAAGGUGUACCUUAUUGCCAUGUUCCUUGUUAUGGUGCACUUUUUGGACCUCAAUUGUUUGGUCAUGGCACAAGAGUAGAAUCACAUACAAGUUUUGGGAAAAAAGAAAGUCGACCAUCAUUACCAAGAUCACACUUAGAAUCCAAGCUGAAAGUUUUUAAUCAGUAUUAUGAAGGUAAAAGUGGUGGAAUUCGAAGCCGUGAGGUCAAUGGAAGAUUGAUACUAGAAGGUGCAUUAAGAAUUUAUUGGGGAGUUCGUGGUGUGAUUCAUCUGAAAGAAGAUGAUGAUCAACGCACAGUAGUUACUGCACGAAAUAGAAAUUCAUGCAGGCAUAGCGUUUCUGAGGAUAUUGAAGAUGAAGAUAAAGUAGAUGAGCUAUCUAAAGAUACAUCAGAUAGUAAUACAGAAAAUAAUACAAAAUCUAUUCCAACAUCUCCUGAUCAUUUAAAGAGUCUCACUUUGCCCAUGAAGCUUGAUGUCAAGAAUAUGGAAUGGGAUGAGUUAGAUGAGCUUCUACAGGUUGAACGAAAGGUCGAGGAUGGUAAUAAAUUGUAUCAGACGAUGCCUGAGAAUCUCCCGUCGAUAAGUUCGCAGUCCAGCGUGGAUACGCCACCACUUUCGUCUCAGUCGAGUCUUGAUCGAUCGGACUCUCGCGAAAACUCGGACACAAGCAGUCCUAAUCAUCAAACUGCUAGCCGAGAGGAUAGCAGCAUAAAUAGCACACCAACGCACAGCAUAGGUAGUUCAUCUAGUACAGACACACCUGUCUGUAAUUUAGGAACCUCUAAUCGAAACGGUACGCUUCGAAGAGUAGAAUACUUCGACAACUUGGAGAAGAAUUCUGGUAAUAAGUCGAUCAGUACCGAUGACAGCUGGAUCGAAAAAGGUUUGAAUCGAUCAUUAUCCGGCCCUGAUUGUCUUCAGAGACACAGAACUGAUAGCGACACGGAUUCGGUGAAUUCCUUGCAGUUUCGAGAGGACGAUAAUAUGACUAUGUCUACGGAUAGCGGAUUAGAGCUGGACGGUGUCGUUUUGCGCCGUAAGCAAGGUUCUACCGCAAUUAGACGACGUCCGGGCGGUAGACGUCAAUCGCGUAAUCGAUUACGACGUCGUUGCUCGAUCAACGGCCAUUUUUAUAAUCGGGAAACCAGCUUCUUCACACCACCUCACGGUUCGCAAAUGUCCGUCUGGGUGACGAGUCUAGUGAACACCCAAGAAGUCAUCAAUCUUAUGCUGGACAAGUACAAAGUCGACGCCAAAUCCGAUAACUUUGCGUUAUUCGUAGUGCGCGACAAUGGCGAACAAAGAAGAUUGAAAGAUGACGAAUAUCCUUUAGAAGUCAGGGUAGUCCUCGGUCCACACGAGAACGUUGCACGACUCUUCCUGGUUGACAAGUUAUCCACACCUGAAAUCAGUUCCGAUGUUGCACAAUUUCUUAAUUUAUCUUUAGCAGAAUGCCACGGUAUACUGCAACGUUAUCAUUACGAAGAGGAACGUCAGAUUCUCCUUCUGAAAGAGAAAUACAAAGAGAUGCGGAGAAGAAUAAAGCAAAGAAUGGAAGAGCUAAAAGUCCGAUUAUAGAUAGAAUGAUAAAAAACCAGGUAUGCAAUUGUUUUUAUAUAAAUGCUUAAGAAAUUUCUUUAUAAAAUAAUAUUUAUGCCAAGGAUUUAUCAUUCAUAUCGUGCAAUAUAUAAUUCCAACAACAUGACACAAUUUAUGGCAUUUUAGCUUUAUUAGUAGUUUAAUAAUUUGUUGUUGCAUUUUUUUUGAAAUUUUUUUGAGUCUCUAUUGCAUUUAUCUAAAGUCAUUUUAUAUAUGAAAAUGCUAUUCUAAGUAGUGUAUUGUAAUUGACAAGGAGGUGGAAUCUCUAGUAAUUCUAUAUUAAAUUUUCAUUUAUCAAAUCGAAAAUAAUAUCAUGUGGAAAAUGUGAAGUGUUAUUCCUACAGUCUCAAUAUAGCUUCUUUUAAAUAAAAUGAAGCCUGCAGGAAUACUUUUAAUUCAUCUUAUAUAGAUGAAAUAAUUAGCAAUGCAAAUGUUAGAAUAAAGAGUAGUUAUUGCUUAUAAAAAAAUAUAUAAUAAUAAAGAACUACAUUCGAUGUUUCUAUUUAGCGCAAGUGUUAAUCAUGCAAAAUUUGUAUUCGUCACGAUAAAAAAACAUUGCGUUUUGUAGCAAUCUUUCAUAGCAUUCCGAUAUCCCGGUGGAGUGAAAAAAAACAAUGAAAACAUAUUUUUCUAUCGGUAUUUAGAAAAUAUCCAUUUAUUAAAACAUCGAAACGAGAAAUUAUUAUCAUCGGAAUAAAAGUCAAUGAUAACUGUUAAGAAUUGAAAGUCUUUUAUCCUUUACAAUUUCGUUGCGUGGCCCAGAUAUAAGUGGACGUACACGUAUUAUAUAUUUAGCCGGACACGCGAUUACUGCCAGAUACUCUGAUAUCGCAAUCCGAGACUAUUGUUGUGCAAAACAAAUUGCAGGGCGCAAAGCAAAAUGUCAUGUACAGCAAUUAAUCGUCAUAAUAAUUGUAACGCGUCGUGCGGAUCCAUGAAAAUCGCCGUAUCAAGCUAGUCAUGUUUCACGCUUAGUCACCGAUAUCGAUUGCAUCCAUCCCAUUUUCAACUAGCGGCCAAAAGAGCGUUACAUACUGAACCACAUUUACGUACAUUAUAAAAUAUGUUGUAUACGCUCUCUCAAUUUGUCGGUUUAGAACAAUAAAUAAUAAAUUACGGGCCACGCGUAAAUAUAUAUAAAUAUUAAUAAUACACACAUUUAAAGUGUAUCUCUACAAAAAUAUGUGUCUAAAGAAUAUAAUAAUCUCCUAGAUUGUAAACAGUUUUUGCUAGCAGUAAGAAAAAAAAUGUAAUCCUUACGUAUAUCAUAUAACAGAACAGAUGAUAUGAUUGCUAGAAUAAGUUCCUCAAUUUGCGCGCAUCGAUUUUCUACUCCUAAUAAAUGAAUAGAGAUAUAUAUGAAUAGACAUAUAUUUUUCUGUGCGCAAAUUAUAGAUGAAGAUAUAUACUGGAUCAUGACACAUUAAGUAUUUUGCGCUGAAAAAAUUAAGUAUAAAACUGAAAAUAUAUAUCUGAACAUUAAAUAUUAUAAAAAAAAAACAAAUUAUGAAAAAAUUGAGGAAUGAACCAUGUAUCAUCGUUGACAGAAUAAUAAAAUAGUAUAGUUGUUCUUUUA